AGCAUCAGUGGAUUAAGCAGUCAACGUUUCGGGCCGAGACCUUUCACUGGGAUUGGGACUGGGACUGGGAGGGAAGAAGCAGGAGCCAGUCGAGCUCUCACCGAAAACUCUGGUUUAAUUUUUGUAUAGGUACUCGGAGUGUCGCGUGACCGUGUUGGACAACACCACACAACCCCAGCAGGACAGAUGACGUUUGUUCAGUGAUGAUGUAGAGCAUCGAAAGCACACUGUUUGCAUGAUUUAUCGAAACUAAUUUACUCAGCGUCACGGGAUUGCAAGGGUGCAUUGAGAUGUCAGUCUUGACGUAACUCGGUGACACGUUGCGUGCGCGUGUACGGGUACGUCAGCGGUGUCGCUGAGUUGGGCCGGGCCGGGCCGGUCAGGGGCGGGGUGAUAGAGCCGGUCUCGGUCUCGGUCUCGGUGUGAGUCCGUGCGGUGUGCAGCGGGGGGAAGCUCGGGUUCGGUGUGGCGGCGGUAAUGUAUCAGGUACCGGCACGGCUGUGCGUGACCUUAUUCCAGCGGGAUCUUCUGCAGCUCAUGUCCGGUCCUUCCCCCGUGUUUCGGCGCAGGCCCCCGCUGCGGAAAACCGACUCUGCCGUGGGUGCCUCCGACACACUGGUCCCCGAGGCGGCGGCGGCGACGGCGACGGCUACAGGAGGUGGAGCGGCGGGAGUGUCCUUCACUGCGGCGGCUGUGUGCUCAAUGGGAACCAGUGCCACCAGAUUAUACAGUACUCUGGCUCCAACUAUAACUGAUAAUGGGAUUCCACAGACACAGGAGGAGUAUGUGGUAGAGACAGACUUGGAACCAGUUGAUCCAACAGACCCAAAUGACAUCCUCAAAGAAUGUCAGCAGGUCCUUGAAAACCGACCACCCAGACUAAAGCGGGAUUUUCUCUACCUCAGGAAAAGUAGUCAAGCUGGCGACUGUCGUCCAAUCAAGGUCCUUCAGUGGAACAUUCUAGCACAAGCUCUUGGAGAAUGGAAGGAUAACUUUAUCAAAUGUCCAAGAGAAGCUUUGAAGUGGUCAGAGCGUAAAUACCUUAUCCUGGAGGAGAUUCUGACCUACCGCCCGGAUAUCCUGUGCCUGCAAGAAGUAGAUCAUUACUUUGACACCUUCCAGCCAGUUCUCAGUGGGUUAGGUUAUCAUUCAACCUUCUUUCCCAAACCAUUUUCUCCUUGUUUGGCUGUAGAGCAUAACAAUGGACCAGAUGGAUGUGCUUUGUUUUUUCUUCGGGAGAGGUUUGAAUUGAUCAACAGUGUCACGUUAAGACUGGUGGCCAAGAUGUUGCAGACCAAUCAAGUAGCCAUUAUACAGACACUCCGGUGUAUAGAAACUGGCAGAAUGUUUUGUGUUGCAGUUACACACCUCAAAGCUUGCAGUGGCUGGGAGCGGUUUCGUUCAUCACAAGGCUGUGACCUACUUCAGAACCUAGAAAACAUAACGGGGGCUGGUAUUCCCCUUAUUGUGUGUGGAGACUUCAAUGCAGAGCCCACUGAGGAUGUUUACAAACAAUUUACAAAGUCCAGGCUCAAUCUGAACAGUGCCUAUAAGCUCUUGAGUGAGGAUGGGCAAUCAGAACCUCCCUUUACCACGUGGAAAAUACGACCCUCUGGUGAGAGCUGCCUUACAUUGGAUUACAUUUGGUAUUCCCAGCAUGCAUUUGCUGUGAAUAGAUUACUUAAUUUGCCCACUGAGGAACAGAUCGGCCCUAAUCGUUUACCAUCAUUUCAUUACCCUUCCGAUCAUUUGUCGCUUGUUUGUGAAUUUAGUUUUCUUGAUCAACUUGAUGACUCAUUUCAGUCUGUUGCUGGAAGUGAUAAUAAAGUUUAAUCAGUUGAAAAUUUAAUGAAUGUUGCACCUCACCCAUCAUUCACGUCUGCACACCCAGUCUCUGUUGAGUUGUUGAUUUUGUGGUAUUCCAAGAGGUGCCUCUUUCAGGCCAGGAUUUUAAUGAGAAUACUGCACUAUCUCAGGUACAACUAGUUACAAACCUUGAUUAAAGUACCAGUAAAGUUUCUGAAGUUACAUUUCUUUAAAGCAAUGCAUUAUAUUAAUCUUGUAGUUUGUCUUAAUUUAUUGUCAGUAACCCUUGGUUAACAUUUUGUUUGUGCAAAAAAGUAAUGGCUAGCUUUGUUGCUUCAUUCUGGCCUAACUGCACUUCUUCCUUCCUGGCACUGUGACUGUGAAGGAGGCACAUUUACCACUUUAAUGAUUCUCUACAUUUUAGUUGAGUGCAGCCACACACACUGCAUCAUGAACUAUGAUUAACUGCAAUGUGAUCAAGAUUAUGAUGCUGCAUUUAGAUUUGUUGUUGCAUACUGUAUAGAAACAUAGAAACAUAGAAAAUAGGUGCAGGAGUAGGCCAUUCGGCCCUUCGAGCCUGCACCACCAUGUAUUAUGAUCAUGGCUGAUCAUCCAACUCAGAACCCCGCCCCAGCCUUCCCUCCAUACCCCCUGACCCCCGUAGCCUCAAGGGCCAUAUCUAACUCCCUCUUAAAUAUAGCCAAUGAACUGGCCUCAACAGUUUCCUGUGGCAGAGAAUUCCACAGAUUCACCACUCUCUGUGUGAAGAAGUUUUUCCUCAUCUCGGUCCUAAAAGGCUUCCCCGCUAUCCUCAAACUGUGACCCCUCGUUCUGGACUUCCCCAACAUCGGGAACAAUCUUCCUGCAUCUAGCCUGUCCAAUCCCUUUAGGAUCUUAUACGUUUCAAUCCGAUCCCCCCUCAACCUUCUAAAUUCCAACGAGUACAAGCCCAAUUCAUCCAGUCUUUCUUCAUAUGAAAGUCCUGCCAUCCCAGGAAUCAAUCUGGUGAACCUUCUUUGUACUCCCUCUAUGGCAAAGAUGUCUUUCCUCAGAUUAGGGGACCAAAACUGCACACAAUACUCCAAGUGUGGUCUCACCAAGGCCUUGUACAACUGCAGUAGUACCUCCCUGCUCCUGUACUCGAAUCCUCUCGCUAUAAAUGCCAGCAUACCAUUCGCCUUUUUCACCGCCUGCUGUACCUGCAUGCCCACUUUCAAUGACUGGUGUAUAAUGACACCCAGGUCUCGUUGCACCUCCCCUUUUCCUAAUCGGCCACCAUUCAGAUAAUAAUCUGUUUUCCUAUUUUUGCCACCAAAGUGGAUAACUUCACAUUUAUCCACAUUAAAUUGCAUCUGCCAUGAAUUUGCCCACUCACCCAACCUAUCCAAGUCACCCUGCAUCCUCUUAGCAUCCUCCUCACAGCUAACACUGCCACCCAGCUUCGUGCCAUCCGCAAACUUGGAGAUGCUGCAUUUAAUUCCCUCAUCCAAGUCAUUAAUAUAUAUUGUAAACAACUGGGGUCCCAGCACUGAGCCUUGCGGUACCCCACUAGUCACCGCCUGCCAUUCUGAAAAGGUCCCGUUUAUUCCCACUCUUUGCUUCCUGUCUGCUAACCAAUUCUCCACCCACACCAAUACCGUGUGCUUUAAGUUUGCACACUAAUCUCCUGUGUGGGACCUUGUCAAAAGCCUUUUGAAAAUCCAAAUAUACCACAUCCACUGGUUCUCCCCUAUCCACUCUACUAGUUACAUCCUCAAAAAAUGCUAUGAGAUUCGUCAGACAUGAUUUUCCUUUCACAAAUCCAUGCUGACUUUGUCCGAUCAUUUCACUGCUUUCCAAAUGUGCUGUUAUCACAUCCUUGAUAACUGACUCCAGCAGUUUCCCCACCACCGACGUUAGGCUAACCAGUCUAUAAUUCCCCGGUUUCUCUCUCCCUCCUUUUUUAAAAACUGGGGUUACAUUAGCCACCCUCCAAUCCUCAGGAACUAGUCCAAAAUCUAACGAGUUUUGAAAAAUUAUCACUAAUGCAUCCACUAUUUCUUGGGCUACUUCUUUAAGCACUCUAGGAUGCAGACCAUCUGGCCCUGGGGAUUUAUCUGCCUUCAAUCCCUUCAGUUUACCUAACACCACUUCCCUACUAACAUGUAUUUCGCUCAGUUCCUCCAUCUCACUGGACCCUCUGUCCCUUACUAUUUCUGGAAAAUUAUUUAUGUCCUCCUUAGUGAAGACAGAACCAAAGUAAUUAUUCAAUUGGUCUGCCAUGUCCUUGCUCCCCAUAAUCAAUUCACCUGUUUCUGUCUGCAGGGGACCUACAUUUGUCUUUAUCAGUCUUUUCCUUUUUACAUAUCUAUAAAGCUUUUACAGUCCGUUUUUAUGUUCCCUGCCAGUUUUCUCUCAUAAUCUUUUUUCCCCUUCCUAAUUAAGCCCUUUGUCCUCCUCUGCUGAACUCUGAAUUUCUCCCAGUCCUCAGGUGAGCCACUUUCUCUGGCUAAUUUGUAUGCUUCUUCUUUGGAAUUGAUACUAUCCCUAAUUUCUCUUGUCAGCCACGGGUGCACUACCUUCCUUGAUUUAUUCUUUUGCCAAACUGGGAUGAACAAUUGUUGUAGUUCAUCCAUGCAACCUUUAAAUGCUUGCCAUUGCAUAUCCACCGUCAAUCCUUUAAGUGUCAUUUGCCAGUCUAUCUUAGCUAAUUAGUAUAAUUUCAAUUCUUGAAGUACUAAGGGUUAUUUGAUUCAUGUAGCUUCAAGAAAAAUAAAAGUUUGGCUCACUGUCAUAAAUUCAACUGUAACUGGAAAAUGGUUAUGCUAGGGAUUGGAACAGGCUUCAAUGGCACAGUAAUCACUGGUAGAGCUGCUGCCUCUACUCUGGAGAUCUGCACUCAGACCCAACCUCUGGUGCUGUCUGUGUGAUGUUUGCACAUUAUUCCUGUGAAGGAGUGCGUCUUCAUUUGGUGCCGUGCUUUCUACCCGCCCACCACCAUCAGACCAGUCAUGUAUCACAUUGGCUAAUUAGGCACUUAAUUGCCCUUCGUGACAGUAGAAUCUGAGGUGAGUAGAUGUGUGGUGAGAAUAAAGGAAGUAUUAUAGGAUUGAUGUAACUAGUUAGCUGAGCCAAAUGGGCUGUUUAAAGUAAAUUUAUUAUCGAAGUAUGUAUAGGUCACCAAAUUACAACCCUGAGAUUUGUUUUCUUACAAAUACUCAGAAAAUCCAAGAAAAUAGUAGAAUCAAUGCAAAGACUGCACCCAACAGGAUGGACAAACAACAAUAAAACAACAAACUGCAAAUACAAAAGAAAAAAAUAAUAUUAAUAAAUAAGCAGUAAUCAUUGAGAACAUGAGAUGAAGAGUCCUUGAAAGUGAGUAGAUAAGCUGUGGGAAUAGUUCAGUGAUGGGACAAAUGAAGUUGAGUGAAGUUAUCCCCAGUGGUUCAAGAGUGAUGGUUGAGUGAUAAUAAUUGUUCCUGAACCUGGUGGUGUGAGUCCUAAGUCUCCUGUACCUUCCUGAUUACAGCAGCAAGAAGAGAGCAUGUCCUGGGUGGUGGGGGGUCCUUGAUAAUGGGUACUACUUUCCUGUGACAGCACUUUGAGUAGAUGUGCUCAGUGGUGGGAAGGGCUUUACCUGUGAUGGACUAGACAGCAUCCACUACUGUUCAUAGGGUUUUUCCAUCAAGGUGUUUCCAUACCAUGCUGUGAUGCAACUAGUCAAUAUACUCUCCACCACACAUGUAUAGACAUUUGUCAGCGUUUUAGAUGUCAUGCCAAAUCUUGGUAAACUUCUAAGGAAGUGGAGAUGCUGCCAUGCUUCAUCUCUAGGCCCAGGGUAGAUCCUCUGAAAUAAUAACUCCAAGGAAUAAAAGGUACUGACCCUCUCCACCUCUGACCCCUAAUGAGGACUGGCUCAUUUACCUCUGGUUUCCCUCUCCUGUGGUCAAUAAUCAGCGUCUUUGCCUUGCUGACAUUGAGCUGGAGGUGGUUGUGGCACACUCAGCCAGAUUUUCAAUCUUCCUUUUCUCUGCUGAUUUGUCACCACCCUUGAUUUGGCCAACAGCCGUGGUACCGUCAGCAAACUUGUAUAUUGCAUUGGAGCUGUGCUUAGCCUCACAGUCAUAAGUAUAAAAUGAGUAGCGCAGAGUGCUAAGUAGACAGCUAUGGUGUUGCCAAUCCGAACUGAGGUAAGAGAGGAAAUUUAUUGAGGCCAAGGUCUCAAAACUUGAUUAGUUUAGAGGGGAGAUGGUGUAGAGCUGUAGUCAAUAAAGAGUAUCCUGAUGUAUGCAUGUUUGCUGUGCAGAUGUUCCAGGACUGAGUGAAGAGCCAAUGAGAUGGCAUCUGCUGUGGACCUGUUGGGCUGAUUGGCAAGGUUUGAGACAGGUUACCACAUUUUUCUUGGGCACUGUUAUGAUUGAAGCCUGCCUGAAGCAGAUGGGUACCUCAGACUGCCAAAGCGAGAGAUUAAGGAUAUUGGUGAACACACCAGCCAGUUGAUCAGCACAGGUCUUUAGUAUUCCAUUUGGGCUGGAUGCUUUCCUGGUCAUGUUCCUGAGGGAUACUCUCACGUCAGCCUCGGAUAUUGAAAUCACAGGGUCAUCAUGGGCUGUGGGAGUUUGUGAAGGUUCCUCCAUGUUUUGAAGGUCAAAGCGUGCCUAGAAGACAUUGAGCUCAUCUAGAAGCAAAGCCUUGUCACCUAUGUCGUUUGGUUUCACUUUGUAAGAGGUGAUAGUAUUCAAGCCCUGCCACAGCUGUCAAGCAUCCUUCAGUGAUUCAAGUUUGGUCCGGAGUUGCCACUUUGCCUUUGACUUGGCUUUCCAGGGAUCAUACUUGAGUCUCUUGUAGCUUUCUUGGUCGCAGAUCUGAAUGGCAGUGAUCUGGCCCUCAGCAGAUUACAGAUCUCGAGGUUCAUCCAGAGCUUCUGGUUGGGGAGGACUCUGAAUAAUUUAUUAGGGAUACACUUGUCUGCAACUGUUUUUAUUAAGUUCUUGACAACCAUGGUGUAUUCAUUCAGAUCCUCUGAGUCCUUGAGCACUGCCCCAGUCCACUGACUGGAGCAAUACUAUAGCCGCUCCUCUGCCUCCUGCAACCACCUCUAUUGCCCUUCUCUCUGGAGCCCUGCUGUUUAGCCUCUGCCUGCAUGCAGGCAGGAGAAGAACAGCCAAGUGAUCUGAUUUCCCAAAAUGUGGUCUGGGUAUGGAAAGGUAAGCAUUCCUUAUCGUAGUAUAGCAGUAGUUUAGUAUAUUGGGUUGCAGGUUUAUAUGCUGAUGACAAAUCUGAUCAAUGCUUCCAAACAAUUAACGCUGAAUGAAUAUUCGUGUGUUGUGAAGAAAAGUGGAAAUAAUUUGAUGCAUUUUACAACCUGGUAUUUAGUUUGUUUUUACCAUUUUGUUCCAAGUUAUUUAAUGCUCCAGUUCUGUCCCAGAAUGGAAUGUAUAAGUAUUGUACACUUUUAGAAUCUUUUAAUUAGAGUAUUCAGGGAUAAUAAGUCUGAAAAUCUACUGCACUCAAAGCUAAAUUACUGUGAAUACAUAAUAUAUUGUAAGUUAAAUGCAGAUAUUUAUUUUUAUUGUCAAAGCCAAUAAUUAUGUAGAGCUGUGCAUGAGACAUUAAAGAUGCUAUUCUGGAACUUUUAAUCAUUAGUUGGUUUCUUUCAAACAUACUCUGCACAGAAAGCAAUCAGUCACUUUUUCUACAUUUUCUACACUUUUUCUGAUGUUGAUCAGGUUCAAUAAUAGGACAUAUAUGUUUUAGUUUCGAGCUGGUAACUAAUCAAAGGGUUGUAUUUCCAAAGUG